AUGGAAGCCAUCAAGAACACCGUCGCCAAUGUACUGGGCACUAACAAAUCCCAUGAGACUGAUGCUACUACCGAUAGUACUCUAGGGCAUCACAAUGCCCCCUCUGGCACCACUGCCGACAGCACUCUCGGUCACUCUACUACAGGCACCACAAGCACCACAGGUACUACAGGUACUACAGGUGCUACAGGACUGUCAGAAAAUACAGGUUCUACAGGAUCUACGGGACUAUCAGGAACCACGAGUGAUGCACCUCCUUCCUUCCAUGAUCGAACCACAACUGGUGGUGACAGCACAAUCUCCCACGGAACCACCGGCUCUACAACCACUGGAACAGGUGGCUUGAGCUCAGCAGGCGACACUGGCCUCUCGCAUGGAGCCACAGGAACAUCGACUACUGGGACCAGUGACUUGAGCUCAGGAAGAGAUACCACUGCCACCUCCGGCACCACGGGUCUGGGACACAGCACAAGCCAUACGAGCCACUCCCAUGACACACAGACCGAUGAGCUGUCCCCGACCCGGUCCCAUCCAGACCGGAAAGACGUCCAGUCCCCCGACCAAGGGCCAGAUCCAAACCUUACCGGGCCUGCCUCAGGACACCCUAAGAUGGUUGGAGAAGGCGCACCUGGUUCGCACUCCGCACUCUUUGGCCUCACUCCUGACGGCAAGAAACACGAUGAUACGAGCCAUGGCACCACCCCCAUCCGCCCUGCACAUUCCGAUGAGACUACCAUGGGUAGGAAGAGCGUGGCUCCUGGUGCGAGCGGCGCAGACUCCGUCGGUGACAGCAUCCGUGGUGGUCAUGGCGGUGUCAGCGACCAGAUUGAUGCUCCCGAUGUGGGCAAGAAAGGUCUAGAACGCACUGACCCUGCGCCAAUUUCUGAAUCGAACAGUGGUGGUAAGCCCGGUGCUGGCUUGACUGGAUUGGGUCAAUCAUAG